GGUCGGGUUGCGUCACUGAUUGAGGACACCAGAGGCCCAGAUGGGGACGAAUGUGUGCCUGUGUCUCCACCCCACGCCUUGCUCCAACCAGAAGUUUGGGGAGCGGGCAUCGUCCCCAUUGCAGCCCCACUGUGCGUCUGUGUGCAUGUGCGCAUGCGUGCAUCGUCCCCGCCCCUGGCAUCUGUCUUCUAUCUCAGCCCCACCGGCCUGGGCCUCCUGUCACUCGCCUGGUGCUGUCCGCUGGUGAAAGAUGUCACCCAGAGGCAGGCCAAGGGAUGUUUUCCCUGUUUUCAUUGCUUCCAGAAGAGGAGAAGGGGUGGCCUUUCCCACGGGGGCAGCUGGUGGCAGUGUGGCAGCCCGGCCUCACCCGGGCAGGGUUGUGCAUGACCCCCAAGUGGGGGGAGGAAGGCUGUUGCCAUGGUGGCCUGUGCGAGGCAAAUUCCUCCAGGGUGAAGUGGGAGAUAUUUAUACCCAGGGUCAGGCAGAGAGCCGGCCAGCGGCUGAGGGCAGGAGAGCCGGGCUAUUACGGACACAGCGAGGCCGUGGUGUGCGGGCAGGUGGCCCUUGGGCGUUUCCUGGCUGUCUCGUCCCUGGCAGUGUCUGUCUCUCCACCUGGGUGGGGUGAGGCCUCUGCUCUCCCCUGCCAGGGACAAUGGCAUCUCUCAGCUACAUCUUGGUUCUUUGUGUGGGUCUCCUUGCCAUGGUCAACGCAGAAGCAUCACAGGAACAUGACCCAUUCACUUACGACUACCAAUCCCUGCGGAUCGGAGGCCUUAUAAUCGCCGGGAUUCUCUUCAUCCUGGGCAUACUCAUCGUCUUGAGCAGAAGAUGCCGGUGCAAAUUCAACCAGCAACAGAGGACUGGGGAACCUGAUGAAGAGGAGGGAACUUUCCGCAGUUCAAUCCGCCGUCUGUCCACCCGCCGGCGGUAGAGACACCUGGCGCGAUGGACCCCAGCCAGGUCCCGAAGCUCUAACUAGGCUGAGGGAGGGAGGAGAGAGGAGGAGGGGGCAAAGGGCUGGGGUAGCGGGUCUGGAGGGCUCUCCUGCCCCUCGCUCUUUUCACCCCCACAAGAUGCCCCUGGCACUUGACGCUUCCCACCCACCUUCUGCACGCCCAUCACCACCCGGACUGCCCUCUUCCCUAGCCCUGCCCCCACAGACUCUGCCGCUCAGAUUUCCAAUAAAACGUGCUUUUCUCUCUUGA